GUUCAUUUGCUCACCGCACCGGCACGUAAUUUAGGCGUGUUCGUGUUCAGAGUCAGACGAUCCGAUCGUAUUCACUCGGCAAUUUUCGACCGGAUACGGCCAACAAACACACAUUCCAGUUUGUGACUGCCAACCGUAUGCCGUGACGCGAUAAAGGAUCGAAUCGAUUAUUACCGCUUGUAUCUAGGUACGCUGCUUCUCACGAUUCGAGUUGUCGAAGUAGUCGAAUGCCAAUAUUAGUACAUACACGGUACAAAGGGACUUUUUAACUGUUGUUUACUGUGUCUGACGUCUGAUGUAGUUAGUAGUGUAUGUAAUAAGUACGAUAUGGAUAACAUUGAGGUGGAAUUUUUGAUAAGUUUAAUAGAAGAUAGACCGUCUUUAUGGGAUAGAACCGUUGAUACUUAUAAAGAUAAAGAUAUAAAAGCGGCGGCAUGGAGAGAAGUAUGUUGUGAGUUAUUUGAAAACUUUGACGAAAUGAACGAACACCAACAACAAAACAUUGGAAAACAGCUGAUUAAAAGAUGGACACAUAUUCGAGAUGCGUUUUUAAAAUCAUUGAAGAAACAUAAUAAUAAAAAUGGUAGGAAACCCAGACCCUAUGUGUACCAUGAACAAAUGUCGUUUUUAAUGAAAGUCAUAGAUAUUAAUAGUUUUAAUGAAACUAAAACCGACAUAUCUGAGGACAGCAUAGAUAUUAACAACAUAGAGAUUCUUAACGACAACGACGUUAAGUGCGAAAUAUUAGAUAGUGAUAGUAUUGAGUGCGAGCCGCAUGAUAUCGAAUUUACUGCAACUAACACAGAAAUCAAAACAAACUCUACAAAAUCUACUAACAUUAAAAAAAGGAAACUUAGUCCACUUGAUCGAAAAAAAGUGAAGUUGACAGAGCAUAACAUGGUUUCUUCUGAUAUUGUGUCACAACAAGAAGAGGAAAGUGACCCUCUGCAAUACAUGGCUUCUUCUAACAUUGUACCGCAACAAGAAGACGAAAGCCGUUAUCUGCAUAGCAUGACGUCUUCUAACGUUGUGCCACAAAAAGAAGAAGAAAGUCGCCAUCUGACAUUUUUUAAAAGUAUUCUACCCUCGGUAAUUCCAUUUGAUGAUGAUGAAACUUUGGAAUUGCAAAGCGGAGUACUACACUUGAUUCGACAAAUCAAAGCAAAAAGACGACAGUUAGGGUCAAAUCGUGAACACGUGUAGUAUGGAUAUAACCUACUAAUACUAAAACCUUUGGUGCUCAAGUGCGGUAGCCUGGUCCAUCACCACACGGUACUACACACAGCCAAUAAAUACCGUGGUUGCACCAACAAUGCCAAUAGGCCAGGGUAAUAAGGCAAAAAUAUACCCUGUUCGUGACACUUCAACAGCCAGGGUACUGAAGCGUUUUUCGACAGGUAAUAACUAUAAGAACAUAUUGUAACUAUUUCCUGCGUGGGAUCUGGCGGCCAUUUUUAUUUAUAAACAAUUUAGUGUCAAAAACGGCAAUUUUUCUUUUUUUUUUUUCAAAUCAAUGGAAAGCAGUGAAACUUAUGGUUUUUUAGUACAAACAUUUUCGAGAGCAUGGAAAAAACUUUAAAAUGGCGUAUUAUAAAGGUUGAUAUACUCAUUUAUUCUUAAUAUAACUUCGAAAAAAGGUCGAAAUUGCAAAAAUUAAUUUCGCAAUAACUAUUGUAAAAAGUAGUGUAAAGCUUUGAAAUUUUUGUCAAAUGAGGGUUGUUUGUUGCUUAAUAUCUGAUAAAAAUUUCAAAGCGAUUCAUUCAAUUGUUUAAAUUUUAUUCAAAUUGUUUAUCCCAGAGAGCUUUUUCUUGCAAUAACAUGUCAGAAAAAAAUGAUUUUAGAACCAUUCAACAGGUGUCAAAUAAAAGAGCAUGAGCUAAACUUUAAAAUUGGUUGAAAAAAAGUGAAUACAAAAAUGCAUUUAUUAGUAAUAAAUAAUUAUGCAAAAGUAUCGUCAAUUUUUCCUUAUAAACUUUUUGAAUAACUUUUUUCAAAAAAAUCUAUUUUUUACCGUGUUUUAUGUGCACAACUACCAAGUAAUGUUAUUUAUAUAAAAAUUGAUAAAAAAUCGUAAUGAAUAUAUAUAAUUUAUUAUAUAAAAAAAUAAAAAGUUUAUGUAUAAGGAAAAUUGACGAUACUUUUGCAUAAUUAUUUAUUACUCAUAAAUGCAUUUUUUAUUCACUUGUUUUAAACCAAUUUGAAAAUUUAGCUCAUGCUCUUUGAAUAAAACAACAAUUUGAAUAAAAUUUAAACAAUUAAAUGAAUCGCUUUGAAAUUUUUUUCACAUAUUAAGUACCUACCAAAGAACCCUCAUUUGACAAAAAUUUCAAAGCUGUACACUAAUUUUUACAAUAGUUAUUGCGAAAUUAAUUUUUUUGCAGUUUCGACCUUUUUCGCAGUUAUAUUAACAAUAAAUGAGUAUGUCAAACAUUGUAAUACGCCAUUUUAAAGCUUUUUCCAUGUUCUCGAAUAUGUUCCUCUCGAAUAUGAAAAUGGCCUCCAAAUCCUACGCAGAUAAUAGUUAUAAUUUGUUCUUACAGGUAUUACCUUUCGAAAAAACGCUUCAGUACCCUGGCUGUUGAAAAGUCAUGGAAAAAACCUUAUUACCCUGGACUACAAGUAGGUAUUAUACAUGUGAUACUUAUCAUCAAUCCAUAGCCACUCAAUCUACUGUAGUAGUAUUUACUGUUGUAUUGUUAGUGUACGAUCUUCUGAAUAUACUCAAAAAUAUUUGUUUACAUCUGACAGAUUUUUAUUUGCUAAUAAAAAGUAAUUUUUUAACUACAAAA